AUGAUUAGCAAAUUCUAACAAUUAGUAUUAACUAGAAGCUUAAAUCACGUCAGAUGCCAAUUCUAUAAAAAGAUUAGAGACGUACCAACAGAAGAAUUUAUUGCAGUCUAAAAGCCUGAAUCUUAAUCUAAAUAUGAGCAUGUUAAAAUUGAAAUUAAGGAAUUUGAUUUUCAAAAUAAACCCGAUAGAACUUUAGGAGAUUAAAAACCUGUUCCUGUAUCUCCUCUCUUAGGACCUUACAAAGUUGAAAAUCCUAAAUUGGGAGAGAAAAAAUAUAAAUGGUGUUCUUGUGGUUUAAGUACUUCUCAACCUUUUUGUGACGGAAAACACAAGGGUACUGCCUUCUUACCUUAUAAAUUUACAGUAGAAGAAGCAACCUAAUAUAUGAAUCUAUGUGGAUGCAAAUUUACUACUAAUCCUCCUUUCUGUGAUAAUAAGACUUGUAAAUGCUUAACAUCUGGUAAUACUGAAAAGCAAGAAUGA